GCGGUAGGCGGGCUGCGAGCCUGUCAGCCUGUGCGCUGCCGGCUUGCGCUGCUAGUAUUCGCUGAUCGCCGCAAACACCGCACGCUGUGGCUGCAGCCCCUCUCGUGCAGGGAAUGGUUUCACCUGGCGCCGAGGGGUCAGCCUGGAUGCCCUGAGCCGUGACGUGGGCAGCAUCCACCGUCCCCUCCCAAGCCACUCCAGCCCAGCUGCUGUGUGUGGCUCGCCCUCUCCUCCAGCUGGCACCGCAUAAAACCCCCGGCUGUCUCACAAUAAUAAUCUCUCAAUCUCUCAAUCCCUCACUUGUUUCUGUUCUCUCCCUAUACAACAUUUUGAACACUACCAGAUACCCUGUCUCCUCUCUUCUGCUGUCAAGAUGGUGCAUCUGGCGACGAUCAAGAAGGACCACGAGAUCCCCGAACCCAUCCCCAGACAGCUCCCUCGCGUAGAGACCCUCGAUCUGAGCGCCCCCGGCGACGAUGGCUUCUCCAGCAGCGUGUACGGAUCGCGCUAUGCGGCCGAGUCGCUGCCUGCCUACGAGAUGCCCGAGAGGGAGAUGCCGCGCGACGUGGCCUACCGCAUGAUCAAGGACGACCUGAGUCUGGACGGUAACCCAAUGCUCAACCUUGCUUCCUUCGUCACGACGUACAUGGAAGACGAAGCUGAAAAGCUCAUGACCGAAGCCUUCAGUAAGAACUUUAUCGACUACGAAGAAUACCCGCAGUCGGCCGACAUCCAGAACCGCUGCGUCAACAUGAUUGCCCGCUUGUUCAAUGCCCCGACCGACGGGGACACCGACCACGCCAUCGGUACAUCCACCAUCGGCUCGUCCGAAGCCAUCAUGCUUGGCACGCUUGCCAUGAAGAAGCGUUGGCAGAACAAGCGCAAGGCCGAGGGCAAGGACUGGACUCGUCCCAACAUCAUCAUGAACGCCGCCGUCCAGGUCUGCUGGGAGAAGGCGGCGCGAUACUUUGACAUCGAGGAGAAGUACGUUUACUGCACUGACACCCGCUAUGUCAUUGACCCCGAGGAGGCUGUCAACCUCGUCGACGAGAACACCAUUGGCAUCUGCGUCAUUUUGGGAACCACCUACACGGGCGAGUACGAAGACGCCAAGGCCAUCAACGACCUUCUGGUGAAGAAGGGCAUCGACUGCCCGAUCCACAUUGACGCUGCUAGCGGUGGCUUCGUGGCUCCUUUCGUAAACCCCCAGCUGGAAUGGGACUUCCGACUGGAAAAGGUCGUCUCGAUCAACGUAUCCGGCCACAAAUACGGACUGGUCUACCCUGGUGUUGGCUGGGUCGUCUGGCGCGCGCCUGAAUACCUCCCCCAGGAACUCGUCUUCAACAUCAACUACCUCGGCGCCGACCAGGCCAGCUUCACCCUCAACUUCUCCAAGGGCGCGUCCCAGGUCAUUGGACAGUACUACCAAAUGAUCCGCCUGGGCAAGCGCGGUUACCGCUCCAUCAUGCUCAACCUGACUCGCACAGCCGACUACCUCUCUAGCCGCCUCACUGAGCUCGGGUUUGUGAUCAUGAGCCAGGGCCGUGGCCAUGGUCUGCCGCUGGUCGCCUUCCGUCUGGACCCGAAACGCGAACACUACUACGACGAGUUCGCUAUCGCCCACCACCUGCGUGAGCGUGGCUGGGUGGUGCCGGCGUACACCAUGGCGCCGCACAGCGAGAAGCUCAAGCUGAUGCGCAUCGUCGUGCGCGAAGAUUUCAGCAUGACCCGUGCGGAUAGCUUGCUGGCCGACAUCAAGCUUGCCUUGCAGACGCUGGAAGAUAUGGACAAGACGAUGGUGGACAAAUACCAGAAACAUAUCAAGGAACAUAUCGUCAAAUCUUCUAAGGCUAAUCAUAACCACCCCAACUACAAGAAGGAGAAGCACUCUUUGCAGGGCAAGCACGGCAAGACUCACGCAGUGUGUUAGGUGUAACGCUAUAAACGUCACGAUGGACUGAUGAAUUGAAUAAUCGAUUGAUGGUACAUACAGAGGCUCUUGCGUAUAUAUAACUAGCCACUCGCUUUGCUAGCUCGCUAUCGAUGCCGCAAUUACAUGUAACAAGUAAUAUUAAAUAUUAUGAAGUUGCACGGCGCUUCAAUAGCUCCACGUAAUCACGAUACAGUGACCCGCAGUAAUAAUAGUUAAUAAUAGGCCACAAUAUACGGAAUGCCAGGCUGAAUUACGACGAAACAGUGCAUAGCUGGCGCUGAUCAGCCAGCACUGCCCCGCGCCGUCGUCC